UUUGGUUGAGAGUUGAUAAACAAUUUAAUGUCUCCUCCCUUCGGUCUCUCUCGCGCUGAGAUUUUCGUCUUUGCCACCACAAAUCAAGCAGAGGCGACUCAGCUCUGUGGUUGGCUUCCCGCGACGUUUCCAUGACAAACAUUUUACGACUGGCUGUGUGGUUGCUAGGGGGCGGAUAACGAGCAGCAGACCCCGGAAGUCGUGUUCCUGUGAGUUGAUCGAGGGGAAGAAGGAGGUUUGUGUCCCACGUCGAAAUAAUAUGGUACGAAUCAUGCAUGACGAAUGCAAUCGUUGCCUGUCAGUCAUCUUCACACAAACUGCAACCAGCCAACGGGCGUGAGGAGCAAUCUAUGCUGGGUAGUUUUUUGAUGAGAAAGGACAUGGAAUUACUGUAUUCAGUGUAUGACACUGGAGGAGACAUGCAUUUCACGGAAGGCAGUUCAAGUGCUAUUACUCCAGUUCUAAGAAUAAGUCAGCUUGAUGCUUUUGAGUUGGAUAGAGCUUUAGAACAGCUUGUUUGGUCACAGUUCAUCCAGUGUUUUCAGCAUUUUAAACCAGGACAGCUAACCCACUUUGAACCAGAGCUAAAAGCAUUUCUGCAGCUUCUUUUGUGGAGAUUUACCAUUUAUUCCCAGAGUGCCACAGUUGGACAAUCUCUUCUGAGCAUCAGAUACAAGAAUGACCUAUCUCAAGCUCAAAAGUACCAACUAAUGAGCCGACAACAGAAAUUGUGGUAUGCGUUGUGCACAAUUGGAGAAAAGUGGCUACAAGAGAGGUCUCGUGACUUAUUCACUAAUCGACCAACAGAGUCUGCAUUUCACAAAGCAAAAUAUUCCAUCGGUAUAAUAUGUGGCCUUACAAAAGCUGCAAGUCUGUUGAAUUUUCUUAUCUUUCUUCAAAAAGGAAGAUUUCCCACAUUGGCAGAACGAUUUCUUGGAAUCCGAGCAGUUUUUAGUAGACCUCAGGGCAUCCGUCAAGUGGGAUUUAAAUAUAUGAAUAGAGAAUUGUUAUGGCAUGGCUUUGCCGAAUUUCUGAUUUUUCUUUUCCCACUUAUCAACACACGAAAGCUAAAAUCAAGACUAUACUCUUGGUUUUCCCCCCAUAACGGUUUCAAGAUCAGUGAUGCCACACUAGCCAAGCAAUGCAGAGAGUGUGCUCUGUGUGGCAAAUGGCCAACAUUGCCGCACACCAUCGGCUGUGAUCAUGCUUUUUGUUAUUACUGUAUUAAAAGCUAUUCCAUAUCUGACAUGUACUUUGCAUGUCCUAAGUGUGCAUUGGAGCUUCAGAAGGUUGAACCUUUGAAACUACAGAUUGAAAUGACAGACUUUAACAAAAGCUAAUGGAGCAGAAAUUAAGACACACUGACUGUAUGAGGUGUCAUGAAAAACUGUACUAUACCCUAGAUUCUUCUAAGGAUUUGACAUUUAAACUAUAUUGGGACGCAUAACUCCAGUCGGCAUCAUCUUCCAGACUGCAGAGCCUUCAUCGAUGGGCACUAUUGCAAUAAACCUGAUGGAAUGCUGGACUCAGCAGGAUUGUAAACAAUUAUUUUCUAAAAACCUAAGAAAGAUAACCAUUUGUUUUGAUGUAAUACUGAAAUGAUACCAUUUCUAAUAGUGCUAAUGGCUCUUAUGUCUGUCCCUUAUUGGCAGAAAGUAACCUGCAGAGGUUGGUUAGCUCCCCCAGCAGGUCAUUAACUGCCAUUAUACAAUAACCUAACACUGCUCUCCCAUUGUUUUCCAUGGUGGUCAAUAAUGGAACAGCAAAUAAAGCCCAGUUGAGAGAUAACACUAAUUAAUGACACCUGUUUGAAAACCAUUACUUGCUGAUGAGAAGCUUCGAGUCCCGCUCUCAAGUGGACAACAAUGAUUAUUUAAGAUAGAAGAUAAAUACAUUUUUAAUAAGUUGUACUAUAAUAGUGAAAAUUACACUUGUGGCAUGUUCCAUUGUAAUAAUGGAACUCCCUCGUUCAAGUAUCCCUCGAUCGAGUUAGUUUGUGUUCACAAUGCAGUUUGCAAGUGUGUUCCUUUAUGUGGUCUGUGGACCGCAUGUUUACAGUCUCCUGCAAGGUAUCUUGAAAGAUGACAGCUAUUGAAGUAUUGCUGCAGUUAAAUAGAUCAACUAUUAGUAUUGCCAUUUAAACGUAAUGAACACAUAAUCAGAAUGAUUAAACAAAUAAUCCAUAAGAUUGUUUAUUUUAUUUUUGAAUGGUGCUAAAACCUGUUUAUUUUAUUUUUGAAUGGUGCUAAAACCACCUAAUAAAUGACUCUGCUAUUAUCAUGCUGAGCACAUCAAUGCAGUUUUGUACUUUAUAAAAAAAAGUAUGGUUAGUUUCCCAAGCAGACUUUGUUGUUCACACAUCACACCAAACGUACCGUACCGAACUGUACCGAGAGCGGACCAAACCCUCUGUCCCACUAUUAUGUAUUUUAAUGGACAUCACAUCACAUCUAAUAUUUGACAUAUGGUAGCAGUUGUGAGGAAAAAUGGGUUAAAAAGCAUUAAGGAUUUAAUACCAAGACCUUAAGUAGAAGAACAUUUUGCAAUAGUAAAUUCCACCACACAUUAAGUCUCCAAAACAGUGGAUGAUGUACCACUAUUUUUUAUUCCAGCUCCACUGUUUUUCCAGUUGUGGUACAGUACACCCUCGCUAUAACGCCCUUCAUUAUAACUAACCUUCGGCUAUAACGAACCUCCCCCUGGACCGCGAAUAAAAAAAAUAAAUAAAAAUAAAAAAUAAAUAAAUAAAUAAAAUCAUAUAAACACACUGUCAACAUCCCGGUCUGUACACACGGAUGCCAUCGCCACAAACUCUUUUGUCUUAAUAAAAAGUGUGCGCUGUGUAGCUAUGCUUCCGAAACGAAAAUCAUUUUAUGUUGUAACAAAGCUGGAAACUAUAUUGAUCGUUUGGAAAAAGGAGUAAUGCAGGCAUAUCUCUGUCAUGAAUAUAGGUUGUCAAAAAGCACUUUCUUGGCUUGUUAAGCAACCAUGCAGCAAAGCAAAAUUGAUUAAAAGAAAAAAAAACGACAAAAAAAGGAUCUAAUUAACUUUUUAUGUCAAACUUUUCAUGUCAGGUUGAUUUGGACUAAAAGCUCAGUUUGGGAUUCUUGAAUGUUGGAGUAAAAUUUGGUGCACUUUGAAAUUAUUAUGUUUAUUUUGAAUAAAUGCUCAGUUUCAGUUUGGGAUUUUUGCUUUUUGUGCUGCAUUUUAAUUUUUUAAUGAAUAGGAUAAAGCAAACACAGAAUACUGCAUACAUGGGACGAACAGGUACAUGUAACAUGGGUGAAAGUGCUCCGUCUGUAGACUGAACUCCAUCAAAAUGGCUUCUCCCAGGUCCAUUCCUAUGAUUCAUGUAGAAAUGCCAAAUAAACCUGGGUCGGGGUAUAAUUUUUUUGCAUGUAUUUGAUGACUUGUGACCUUUUAGUAUAUUUUUCGCCUGUUGAUCUGUAACUUGAUUGAGACCAUAGGCACCUAGCCCAUAGAGCACAGGGGAGGCACACGGUAUAUUUUGCACCUCUAAUUUUUUUGCUCUGUGUAAACACACUAUUAUUCUAUGUUUUGUUAUGGUUUUGCUUGUGACUGCAACAGAAGAUGCUGGACAGUUUGAAUACUACAAAAAUGAUUAAUAAAAUAUAGGCUAGGUAAUUGUUAGUUUAGUUUGAUUUAUUUUAUAUUAAUUAAAUUAUAUUCAGAUGGUUAUUUAUGUAUUUUUUGUUUUUCAAUAAGGACGUUAGUAGGUUUGUGUUGUUGCAGGGCCAUGAACGGGUUUAAGUUCAACAACAACUCUAAAUAAAAUGUUACUGCUAUGAAGCACUGGUAAUAAUCUGAAGCAGUGGUAGUGCAAAUUAACAGAAUCCUGUUUUUACUUUAGAAAUGUUUUUUGUUUUUUGUUUCCCCCAUUAAAAACUUGUCGUUCUUUAUUAAAAUUAAUUUUCAGCUUUCAUA